AUUGGCUCUUGUAAUUGAGCUGUAAACUGGUCAAAUUAGUGAAAUGCCUUAGUCAUACAUUUUACCUAGGUUGUUGGCCUCCAACACACGUUUGUGCUUGUCAUCAUCAUCCUGAGAUCCCUAUAUAAUGCUCGGAGCAUGAACCCUCCAAACUUCACAGCUCCGAGUGUUUUUAACUUUUUAAGACAGAACAAACUUGGAAGUUAAAACCCCUUAGUAUAAUUUGAUCAACAAAAACAGGGGCAACCUGAAAGAACACAAAAAACAACAAAAGGCAACAAUGUUGAAAAUGUUGUUGGUCACAGUGGCAAGUCUUGCCGCCACAUUUCACUCCUCAAUGGCGGAAACAUACGACGUUGGUGAUGCAUUGGGUUGGACCAUCCCUCCCAGCCGCGCCGCCUAUUCCAACUGGACUUCUGGUAAAUCUUUCGCCGUUGGCGACGUCUUAGUUUUCAAGUUCACAACUGGAAUGCACACGGUAGCCAAGGUUACCAAGACCAAUUUUGAUUCAUGCAACCCAGCAGGUCCCAUCUCUCUGACCACCAACGGCCCGGCCAGCAUUAACUUAUCCACCGCCGGAGAACACUAUUUCCUCUGCACCAUUCCGGGCCAUUGUGACGCGGGCCAGAAACUAGCUGUCAAUGUUUCUGCUGCUCCUUCUACCUCUCCGGCUCCGGCACCACCACCGGCCACCCCUUCUCCACCACCGGUAGCAGAACCUACACCGGUUCCUACACCGGAACCCACCUCUUCACCUUCACCUUCCCCUGCACCUAAAACAUCUCCGGCACCGGCUCCGUCCAAAACCGGGCCAAAGACUUACAUCGUUGGAGACAGCGUGGGCUGGACUAUCCCACCAAGUGGGUUCUCCUACCAAACUUGGGCCAGGAACAAGACUUUUAAUGCCGGCGACAUUCUUGGUACGUACAAAAAUCAAUUCCUUUCUCAACAUGUUCAUAUUAAUUAUUUACUUUUGUGUCUCGAAAUAAUUAUUCACUUUAAUUUUUGCUUUUGAGAUUAUUCGAACUAAAAAAUUAAAAAUUUAAAGUAACUGGACAAUUAUUUCUGGAAGAAUUAAUUAGAAUAAUUUUCACUUUUGACUGAUGUGAUCAUAUGUUUGCAGUUUUCAACUUCCCAACCGGAGCACAUGAUGUUGUAGCUUUGACAUCAAAGGCAGCCUAUGAUUCCUGCAACGGCACCGGUGUCACCCCGAUCACAGCCGCACCGGCCAGAAUUACCCUCACCGCCGGCGAAAAGUACUACAUCUGCACCGUCCCCGGCCACUGUUUAGCGGGGCAAAAGUUGUCCAUCAACGUAACCGGAACUGCAUCCACCUCGCCGGCACCAGGCCCUUCUCCGACCAGCGGCGGCACCACCCCAUCUCCCAGCUCGGGCACACCGGCUCCAUCGUCUCCCGGUGCGGCCUCCGCCCCUCCUCCGCCCAACUCCGCUCCUACAAUCGCCGGAGCAGCAUUGCCAUUGACUUUCUUGGCUGUUGCCUUCGCUUUCUUCUAUUAGAUUGUUGGGCUUAGGUGGUCACAAAUUCUUUUUUUUAUAUAUAUUUAAUGUACAAUAAGUUGUAGUGUUAUUAUACUCAUUUGAUUGUUUUUAAUUCC